UAUAUCUACCUUAUAUGCUUUCAUCAUUCCCAUUAUAUUCUCAUUCCCCAAACAACAGAUUUCAGGGAGGAGAAAUAAUAAUGGGAGUAAUAACCACAAAGCCUCUCCCUUUCUUCUUCCUCACACUUUUAACCACCUGUCUCUUCCCCUUCACUGUAACCGUUCAUGGCGGAGACGACACUCAUCAUCGUAAUCAUCGAAUGCAGUCGAUUCGGGCCUCCAUCGUGCGCCGCGAUUCAUCUGCGACGGCGAGUCCGCGGGUGUACCACGUGACAUCAUACGGCGCGGACCCGAACGGCAAGGAAGACAGCACGGACGCGAUUCUGAAAGCAAUUACAGACGCCCUUCAAGGUCCGAGUGAUGGGUUCUUGUUUAACGGAAUAAAGAACCUCGGCGGCGCGCGGGUGGAUCUCGACGGCGGGACUUAUGUAGUCACCCGGCCGUUGCAGUUCCCGGUGGCCGGACGUGGUAAUCUCGUGAUUCACGGAGGAACAUUGAAGGCUUCGGAUGAUUUUCCGACGGACGGAUAUGUGAUCGACUUAUCAGCUCCGGCCGGCAACGGCAGCGGCUCAGAUUACAAUUUUGAGUACAUAACGCUAAGAGACCUGAUGGUGAAUUCCAAUUUCAGGGGAGGAGGGAUUCAAGUGGUGAACUCCCUAAGGGUCAAUAUCGACAAUUGCUACAUUACUCAUUUCUCCACUAAUGGGAUUUUAGUCCAAGGCGGUCACGAAGCCUACAUCAGAAACUCGUUCCUCGGCCAGCACAUUACCGCCGGCAACGACGCCGGAGAACGGAAUUUCUCCGGGACGGCAAUACAUUUGAACGGCAACGAUAACGCCGUGACCGACGUCGUUAUUUUCUCGGCCAACAUCGGAAUCAUGGUUUCCGGGCAAGCCAACAUAUUGACCGGGGUACAUUGUUACAAUAAGGCCACGGGUUUCGGCGGCACCGGAAUUUACCUAAAAGUCCCUGGGUUAACACAAACCAGGAUAGUGAAUUCCUACUUGGAUUACACCGGGAUAGUCGCCGAGGACCCCGUCCAGCUUCACAUCUCCGGCAGCUUUUUCCUCGGAGAUGCUUUCAUUCUCUUCAAAUCGGUCAACGGGGUGGUCAACGGAGUCAACGUCGUGGACAACAUGUUCAGCGGCGGGAAUAAGGGGGUGGAUAUUGUCCAGCUGGACGAAUCCGGUGGGGCCUUCAAGAAAAUCGACCAAGUAAUGGUCGAUAGAAACAACGUUAACGGAAUGAACCUUAAAUCGACGAUUGCAAGAGGGAGUGUCCAAGGAAAUGGGAGCUCCUGGACCGUUGAUCUCAACUCCGUUCUUCUCUUCCCGAACUUCAUCAAAUACGUGCAAUACACGUUUAGUCCGGCGACUGGGAAUUCUUUCGCCAAUCACGCCUUGAGAAAUGUGUCGAAUAACGAGGUAGUGGUCGUGUCGGAUGUGGAAAUUCCGGCCAGUGUCUUCGUCAUGGUUGACCAGGGAAAGUCGUAUUGAUUCUCAACAUAUAUAAAUUAUUGGCAUAGGUUUAGACUUCACCACCGACUUGCAGGAGAACUGUGAA